AUGGCGGCCUCGUCAUCAGAGCUGCCCGAGCGCCUCGUCGUGCUCUAUGCAUCGCAAACUGGCAACGCCAUGGAUGCUGCCGAACGUGUAGGGCGAGAGGCUGAGCGUGGAGGCUGCCCGGCUGUCGAUGUUCUCUCCAUGGAUUGCUUCGAUCCCAGUUGCCUGCCACGCGAAAGGUAUGUGGUCUUCGUUGUGUCCACCAUGGGGCAGGGGGACCCCCCAGAUUCCAUGAAGGAUUUUUGGACAUACCUUACCAGAAAGUCUCUGGGUGCGCGAUGGCUGGAAGGGCUAUUUUAUGCCGUGUUUGGGCUCGGCGAUUCAACCUAUGGGAAGUACAAUUAUCCUGCAAAGAAGCUCGAUCGAAGGCUUUUCAAUCUUGGUGCAGAAAGAAUCACAGAAAAAGGCUUGGGAGAUGAUCAACAUUCAUCUGGAUAUGAAGGAGCUCUAGAUCCGUGGUUGCUGAUUUUGUGGAAAUCCCUGAAUCAAACAAAUCCGUCGCUGUUACCAAGAAUAUCUGAUGCCAUUCAUCCUAAUUUGAAUAUUUUGGGGGAUGCAAAGGUAGAAGUCAUAUAUUACUCGGCUCCACAAGAUACCACCAUUUCAGACCCCAAAAUAUUAAUUGAGAGAGCGCGCUCAAUGUCCCCUGCUCUGAAGUAUCAUAAUGAAGGAGAGCCACAAUUCAUGUUACAAAUGGUAACAAAUCAACGUUUGACUAAGGGAGAUUCUGACAGAGAUGUCCGCCAUUUUGAAUUGGAAGAUCGAUAUUCUCCCAUCAGUUAUCAAGUUGGUGAUGCCCUAGAAAUUCUACCAAGUCAGAAUCCAUCAGCUAUUGAUGCUUUCAUUAAACGCUGUAACUUGGAUCCAGAUUGUUACAUAACGAUUCGAGCAAAGGGUGGUGACAAACUUUCCAAAGGUUCACCUAUGAACAGUUUGAUGGAUCCCAUCAAGCUAAAGACCUUUGUUGCUUUGACAAUGGAUGUCACAUCAGCUUCCCCUCGGCGAUAUUUCUUUGAGAUCAUGAGCUAUUUCGCAACAGAUACCGAUCAAAAGGAAAAACUUCAGUAUUUAACUUCUCCUGAAGGAAGAGACGACCUUUACUGGUACAAUCAGAAGGAGAACCGGACUGUUUUGGAAGUUUUGCAGGAGUUUUCCUCGGUGCACAUGCCUUUUGAAUGGUUGGUGCAACUGACACCGCCUUUAAAAAGAAGAGCAUUUUCCAUUUCGUCAUCCCCAUUAGUCCAUCCAAAUCAGAUACACUUGACUGUUAGUAUUGUAUCAUGGCGUACUCCUUUAAAGAGGACACGACAUGGUCUCUGCUCUACAUGGCUAGCGGGGCUCUCUCCAAAUGAAGAGAGUAUUAUACCGUGUUGGAUAUACCGAGGAUCCCUGCCUCAUCCAAAGCCAUCAGUUCCUCUUGUGCUUAUUGGACCAGGAACAGGAUGCGCACCAUUCCGUGCGUUUGUGGAGGAAAGGGCUGCACAGAGUGUGACAGAACCAACUGCUCCUGUUCUAUUCUUCUUUGGCUGUAGAAAUCAAGAUAAUGAUUUUCUGUACAAGGACUUCUGGUUAAAUCAUGCCCAGGACCAGGGGGUGCUUUCCCUAGAAAAGGGUGGUGGUUUAUUUGUUGCGUUUUCUAGGGAUCAACCUCAAAAGGUCUAUGUACAAGAUAAAAUUAGGGAGCAGGGUGCAAGAGUGUUGAACAUGUUAUGCUCCUCUGAGGCUACAAUAUACGUUGCUGGGUCUUCUACCAGAAUGCCUGCUGAUGUUACGGCUGCAUUGGAAGAAGUUUUAUGUCAGCAGGGUGGUGUUCCAAAAAAUGAUGUUUCGCAAUGGGUGACGGGUCUGAAAAAGAAUGGCAAGUUUAUCAUUGAGACCUGGUCAUAA